AUGGCGAGCGCCGGCGAUGUGCGAGACAUUAUGGACCUGGGCCAGAGCGGCCCUCGACCACCAGCACCCAAGAAGAAGAAGCGCCUUGAACCUCAGGUGCGACUGUCAGGCGUCACGCGUGAAGUCGCGGCCUUGAUGGGAGAUUCGGUCCCGCCUAUAGCGAUCAUCGAGCAGAAAUCUUUCAAGUCAAAGCCGUCGAUCGCGCAGAACCUUAUCCUGCGGCAUUGGAAGCGGUCGAUACCCGGUGCUGCUCGCCCGCAAGCGGCAACGACGCCAACCGAUGUGGAAAUGUCUGAUGGGCAGAAGGAGUCUGAGUCGACGACAGAGCUUCGUUUCGAGGAAGAAAUACCAUACGAGAAGUGGAACAUUGCAACUAGCAAGACCACAUACAACGAUGAACAGUAUGACGCACAUUUUAAAACGGAGGACUGGACGAGACAGGAAACAGACUACCUCAUGGCACUCGUCUCGGAUUUCGACAAACGAUGGAUCCUCAUAGGGGACCGCUACGACCCUGCAGAGAUACCAGGGGAGAUACAGUACCCAGAUCGGAGCACGGAGGCGCUCAAACAGCGGUACUAUACGAUCGCCGCAAAGCUGAUGGAAAUCGGCACUCCACCGAGCAACAUGACUGCGCCAGAGUUCAAGAAUUGGGAGACUAUGCGCAACUUUGAUGCCAAGAACGAGGUCAACCGCAAGGCGAAUGCCGAAAAGCUGAUGGAACGAACGAGAGAAGAAGCAGAGGAGGAGAAGUUGUUGUUGGAAGAACUACACCGAAUCACUAAGAACGAGGAAGAGUUCAUCGCCCUGAGGAAAGACCUCUACACACGGCUCGAGUCUGCACAGCCAAUCCGGCGCACAGAACGAGGCGAAGAGGCACACACAGCAAUAUACCAAAGCUCUCAGGGCCUAUCAAUGCUUCUAAACUCGCUUCUUGCUAAAGAGAAGAGGCUUAGAAGGCCAAAUCCGGCAGAGGCAGCACAAGCGUCAGCUUCCGACUCACGAAGACCGAGCCAGCCACAAUACCACCGCCGAGAAACGAUGGAUUCGACCAAUGACUCGCCUGCUCCCAACAAGAAAGGAUCCGUCUCGCAACCACAAGUGCGGACUCUGACGCCUGCUGAAGAAGCAAAGUUCGGUGUCAGCCAUCCCACAGAUCGCUUGGUUGGCGGUGUGGCCUUCAGGCAUGAGAAGAUUAAUCGCCUCGUCAUGGCCAAGAGUCAAGUCCAGACUAGCAAGAUACAGGCGGCGUUGGGUGAGCUGGGCGUGCCGUUGCGAGUCCUCAUGGCGACUGAGAGAGUGACUCUGGAGUACGAACGACUCAUCACGAACAUCCAUCUCCUCCUCGAUGCACGCAAAGCCAGUGAAAAGAUCGCGAACGAAAUCAAGAUCUUAGAAGAGGCGAAGCGACAGCGCCUCGGUCUUCCCAAGGAAGGCGAGCCAGCACAAGCAGAUCAAGCCAAUGCCAUGGAAGUAGACACACAGCAGCCGGGUCAGCCAAAUGGGGCAGGCGGCGACGCCGAGGACGAUGCAGCUGGUGAAGAGGAUGGUACUAUGGCGGAGAAAGCCGCUGACGACAGUGCAAUGCAAGUCGACGACGAAAAUGGCGCUGACAGUGAUGCCGAAGGUGAAGAAGACGACCAAAGCUACGCAGUCGCCAAGAACGACGACUCGGAAGCUGAAGACGAUAAUGAUGGCGCUGAAGGUGAAGACGAUGAAGUAGAGGAAGAAGACGAAAACGAAGCAGGCAAAGAUGACGAGGAAGAUGAGGAGGAUGCAGGAGAAGACGACGAUGCAGAAGCGGACGUUGCUAGCGGCGAAGAAGACGAAGAUGCAGUCGAUGCGCGUGGUAGCGACGCCGCAGACGACGACGACGAUGAUGAUGAAGUCGUGCAACCGACCCCCUCCGAAGCUGAAGAAGAGGCUGCUGAAGCUGACGACGAUGCCGAAGAAGAGGAAGAGGAAGAGCCUGCUCAGGCCAGUCGACCAGCCUCCAGACACUCAGCCAGAUCGCAUAAACGCAGCGCUAGUGUGGUUAGCGAGGCAAGUAGAGCUGGCAGUAACCGUAGUGUGGCGGGCAGAAAGAAGCGCCGGUGA